CUUGAAUUCUAUGACUCGAAACAUGAAAAGGGCAACCAAUUUCAAUGCUGCACGUUCUGUAAUCAAUCACGCUUGUUGGCUAGAACAAGAAGAGCAAGAUAGACCUUUCGACUUUCCGGUCGUAUACAAGUCAAUAGUAGUGCUGCAUAGCGGACACAUUGUAGUGCAAUAGUAUUGACCAACAGCGAAGACAUUAUCAUAAAGCAUGUCGUUGUCAUUUUCGUCUCCAAGCCCUGGAACGAAACGCCGAUUUCCACUACCUAAUACCAAUCCUAGUGCCAACGAUACUACAGCCGACAACUGUAGAAUAAAAUGCAAUGAUAAGGACAACCGCAGAAAGUGGAAUAAUCCUAAMAACGAGGAUAUCGAGGACAAUAAGCACCCGAAUAACUAUAACGAAACACMAUUUUCUCCUCUCGGCAAUCCAACCCUGCUCGGGCAGCUAAAUCCAYACAUCGAAUCRUCGUCCAACGAUCAAAACGGACGAGACGCGAGUCUCGAUCCUCUUCACUAUCCACAACAACACAUKGAAUYACCACCGGGGGAAUUGCCAGAAGCAGAAGGAAUACCUCAUCACCUAAUGUCCGAGGGAASUGGUGAAAUGAUACAGAAUCGGCAUCUUUUCGUUUUGCCGGUCUUGCUGYUGGAGUUUUUGGCCAUUGCCCUGACAAGAGCUGUCCUGCCAAGYAUWUUGAUAGAAGAAUAUGGAUCAAACGUCUAUGUGGUCCUAGGUGUUGCAGAUUGCAUAAGAGGGAUACUCGCCUUUUUUGCUUGCCCCAUGUUUGGGAAACUAUCGGAUGUCUUGGGACGAAAAAUAUGUUUGUUUGUCACCGUCCUGGGAAGCUGUGCACCGAUUUGUUCCCUUGCAUUUUUCAASUGGGACAGCGAAGAACGAACUGCAGCUGCAGCAGAGGAUCUUCUGAAUGAAACGGUUUCGACUAUCGUGGCACCUGAUACUAGUACUGCCAUUUCUUCUGCUUUGCCACCAAUGGCUAUCCCGCUGUUCGUCGUGCUUUUGAGUCUCUCGGGCAUAUUUUCAUCGACCUUUCCAUUGGUCUUCGCCUACAUWAGUGAUUCGGUACAAGAACGAAACGAACGAGUCACUGCAUACGGYUUGGCCCUGGCUACUUUUGGGUUGAGCUUUACGAUUGGUCCCAUGGCGGGUGGAUACCUSGCCAAUAGCAAGACAGACUAUGUGUUUCGAUGUUCACUUGGUCUGACCAUUCUAGAUCUGCUAUAUAUUUACGUGAUCCUACCGGAAUCAACGGCGCCAAGAAUUGUCAUGUUCUCAUCGAACAGGGACGCCACUGCUACUACGGCAUCACGUUCUUCGGAUGCCUCGUCGUUCAAAUCGGCGUCACGCGCCACCAGAAAGAUGUUGCUGGAGGUUGCGGAUUCGAUUUCUUGGAAUCCCUGGGAUUCGAUCUGGCUCGUUCUACAUGAUCCCUUUUUGAGAAAAGUGGGCCAGGUCGCCUUUUUCUACUAUACGGGGCUAUGGGCCGUCAUUUCCACCCUAUCGUUGUACGCUGUUCAGCACUUUAAAAUGACACCGCAAAUGCUUGGUGAAUUGAUGUCGGCCCUCGGAUUGUCUACAAUGGUAGCUGAAGCUGUCCUAGUUCGAUUCAUGGUACCCCUYGUUGGAGAAAAACRAGCCAUUCGGAUCGGACUGGUCAGUUUCGGUCUGCAAUGUUUUGUGCUCGGGGCCGCGAAUCAGUCCUGGCAGCUCUUUUUCUGCGUUGGGCUGUCACUCCUGGGGAACUUGGUGUACCCCAGUUUGUCGAGUUUGGUAAGCGGCAUUGUGGAACCCAAAACCGUCKGAGAAGCCCUCGGUGCAAUAAAUGGAAUCAAAGCCCUGACAGAGGGUUUGGGUCCCUUGAUCUUCGGUACUCUAAUGACUUUUUCGGAACACACGGCAUUCCCGGGAUCUCCCUACUGGYUGGCGGGAAUACUCGUUUUUGUUGCCCACCACUUGGCAGACAAGUUACCCGCGAACAGCGAAUCUGAGCUUGCUCUUUCUUCCUUUUCGUACCCGGACGAGCCAAGCAUGAUUUCCCCACCAGAAAAGGAAUACAUCCACGAACUAGAAUUCAAACGACGAUAUCCACGCAGCGGAUCGACACGGAAGCGACACCAUGCUUCCGCAGAGGACAACGAUGAUUGCCUGUCAGCCAUGUUUCCCACGCAAUCUCGGGACGACGAUGACGAAGAAUACCAAGGUCUMUUGAGCGAAAUUGAUGAGGAUUCGGAUGAUAAGGAAUUGGAAGAAGUUCACGUUAUACCUUCCACCGCCGUCAUUGACGAAACCGAGCAAGAGGUACAUUCCUUCGCGAUAAAACCGGUUUGAAGAUAAUGCAAGUCGUUGAUUUUUAGAAAAUUCAGUUAUUUCUAUUUGAACGCAGCUAUUUGUAAUUAGACGGUGAUAUGCAAACAAGGCAUUGGACUAUGGACUGAAAUCAUACUUAUCUUCCAUCGACAACGUCUUYAUGCAUCAUACUUGCUUCAAAGUCUACAUCUCAAUAUUUUUACACCGMAUCUAGCUUAAUUCACCU